GCCACCGUAGAUGCUAACCGUGCUAAAGCUACUUGUUGAAAAGAAUCACAUGUAUCCGGUCAAACUGUAAAUAUUUCUUCUUUUAACGGACGGGAUCAGAAUGUCUUUUCAAUCCUCAAACCCCAACAACCCGAUCGUCUUCUUUGACAUUACCAUCGGAGGACAGGAAGUGGGACGGAUGAAGUUCGAGCUGUUUGCCGAUGUUGUACCAAAGACGGCGGAGAAUUUCCGGCAGUUCUGCACCGGAGAGUUCAGGAAGGACGGCGUCCCCAUCGGUUUCAAAGGCUGCACAUUCCACAGGGUGAUCAAAGACUUCAUGAUACAAGGAGGAGACUUUGUCAACGGCGAUGGCACCGGCAUCUGCAGCAUCUACAGAGGACCGUUUGCAGAUGAAAACUUCAAACUGAAGCAUAUCAUACCCGGUCUGCUCUCCAUGGCCAACAGCGGUCCAGGAACUAAUGGUUGUCAGUUUUUCAUCACCUGCGUGAAAUGUGACUGGUUAGAUGGGAAACAUGUUGUUUUUGGAAAACUGGUUGACGGCCUGCUGGUCAUGAGAAAGAUCGAGAACGUGCCUACAGGACCCAACAACAAGCCCAAGCUGCCCAUCGUCAUCGCUCAGUGUGGAGAGAUGUGAUCCAGCUCGCUCAGCACGCCGGACGAACAUCACAUAGUGCUCAGGUGCUGCUUGAAGAACCAGAAUACCAUUGGAAAGUCAGUUGUUUCAGUAUUUCUACACUCAUUUAUUAUGACAAAUAAAACGCGGUUUUAUUAGUGAUAAUAGAAGCAUGAAGGUAAAUAAUUCUAAGAAGAAAUGCUCAAAUAUUUUUAGAUACAGGAUUGUCAUUUAAUCUGAAUAUCAAAACAAUGAACACUUGAAAUAAGACUUUAUUUCAAGUUAUGAAUCUUAAAAUUUGUCAAAGUUUCACCGAAAUGUAAUUGUGGAGGAAUUCCAAUGUGGUUUUUUUUUCUAAUUCCUCUGAGUAGUGUUUCAGUGAUGCUUCCUCUGCAAACACUGACAUGUUUUCCUGUCUGUAUUUAGGUUUGUUUUCACGUCGAACAGUGAACAGUUUCAUCCAUUUGUUAUAUAACAGCUCUUAGAAUAGCCUCUUCUUGAAACUUCAAAAAAUUCUCGUGAUCAGAUUUUGGUUUUGAUGAGACAUUUUAAUUUCAUACAUGGUUUUCUCGUUUUGUUUGUAUUAACUUGUAAUGCAGACAGAUAUUUUCAGAUGCUUUGUUACUUCCAAACAAUAAAUGUUCUGGUGUUUUUUUUUGUAAUA